GCUCUUGCCGUCAGUGCAGUGUGGUUCAGCGGUCCUGGGUUUUGUGCAGGCUUGUACGGAUCUGGCAGCAGCAGGCAUGGGGGCGUGUCUGACACUAAUGCGGCUCUCUCUAUUGGUGGACAGCUAUCCUGGUUACCAACCAACACAACACGCUGGGCACAUGAGAAAACGCAGAAAAACUCGUUCAUUUUAAUGCCAAUGGCCAACCAAGUACGAUUUUACGGGGGCACGGUGAUCAAACACAACACAGACUUCAGUGAUAUUUUUUGAAGAAUGAUCGGCUCUCUCCGAAAUAUGGGAUAGGAUUAUGUGAACAGCAUCAUCUGCAACCACACAAUGGAAAACGAGGAGAGCAAGACGUGCCAAGGAGAGAAACUUGCCUCUGCUGUGGAUGACACUCUGGAUGAAUAUUUAAUCGCCCUCCAGCACAAAAACAGGAUCCUAAAGCGCCUUAAAGUCAAAGACCCCAGGGAGAUUGAGUUGGAACGGCUUGAGCAAGGUUUUUCCAUUUAUCUUAAUGGAGCCAAUGCUGAAGCCAGUAGGAAACAGCCCAAGAGCUCCAGCCACAAGUCUGUAACUUCCCCACCUGCUUGGAGGCCUGCACGUACAGCAGAUGUCUGUAGAAGUGCCCACCAGUUAACUGAAGAUAGCUGUAAUCUGGAGCACACCCACAGGAAGAGGAGCCACACCGCUCCAGGAAAGGUCCAGAGGAAAGAAUGGGUACAGAAUUCUGUCAAAAUUCGAACAGAGGAAGGACCAAGUUUGCACGUAUCUCCAGAAAAGCGCUACUCUGAGGAUUUUGAGCCCUAUGAAAGCAUAGACAUGGAGAGCUCCAGUCCACACUCUCCUCGUAGUCCCUGCUCCCCUAGAGGAACAUGCAAGGUGUCGCGCUCCCACAGCUCCAGGCCUGAGAGCCAAGGAGGUCAAGCAAGCCAGGAGCACAAUGAGAAGGUGCUUCUCAACCUUGAGGAAGUGAAGGUCCUGCGCCGGAGCCUGGAGGUUAGCAUGCGGCGGAGCAACCGUGGCUCCGCGGGGGAGGAGUCGGACGAAGAGUGGGUGGAGGAGCAGAUUGAGAGGGAGGAGAGCACUGAGAGUCUGGACGAGCUGGGGCUGCCUCUUUCAUCCUCCAAGUCGUCCUCUAACCCCCGGCCCAGUGGCUCCCACACCCAUUUUGACUCUGCAAACCUCAUUGUCCUGGAUUUUGGACCCUCCCCUAAAGGUCGUAAGAUUGAACGUUCUCUGUCUGCGAAAAGGAAAGAAAACAUUGACAGCUUUAUACCCACCAAGCCUAUGUUGGUGAAGAGCAAGACAUUAGAUAGGCCACCUUCAGAAGAGAGCUGGGACAGUCAGAGGCCAAGAAGUCGAGUGGAAAGGCCCCUGUCAGCAGUCAGAAAGGCCUCUGUUGAGGAGCGAGACCCAGAGGAGAUGGCGUGCAGGGUCCGCCAGGCCAUCCAAAGAGAAAAUGACCCUGUGCAGAGUCCAGAGCUCUUCAGUCGCAGCACGGGCAGGGCACACCAGAUAAUAAAUGGCUUAGUGCACCACAACACCCACGACAAGAAUGAGAGCAGUGUCACUUUGGCCAUGCAGAGAAUCACUCUUAUGGGCCCCAGGCAACAACAGAAACUGCUAACAGCCUUGGAGAAACUUGAAGCUGGACCCAGCUACAACAUUCCUCAGAGCGUCAAAACAGACUAUAGCAAGCAGCCGAGAAGGCAGUCCACAGCAGAGGUCACUCCUGCAUUGUAUGUUACCAUGGAGAUCCUGUCAAACUGGGGGAACGCUUUGCAGGUUGGGCUUACUGAGUUGCAGUUCUUCUGCCUCAGAAAGAAGAAGCUGUAUGUGUCGCCUCAUGACCUAGACAUCAGGAACGCCGACUAUCCCGGGAAUCUGGGAGCGCUUGUCAAUGGAAAGGUGAAGACCACCAAAGAGCGUCACAUGUGGACGUGUCCAUUCCACCCUCCUAUCCAGCUCUACUUCAUCAUCAGGAACACGGAGCGCUCCCCAGACUUUGGAAUAUCCCACAUCAAAAUCUGGAACUACAACAGGAGCCUCAAUGACCUUGACAUUGGUGCACGGCAUAUUAAGCUGUACCUGAACAGCACAUCAGUGUUUGAAGGUGAGCUGGAGAAGGGCUGUGGCAACCAGGUCUUUGACUACAGCACCACGAUUGAUCUCCAGGAUUUCCAGAUCUCAGACUCCCUAUUUUCCAGCCCUGUGUCGUCAAGACACAAUCUGCGAGGUGUCAGCCCCCAACGCCAUGAGGACAGGAAUGGUGGGGAGGCCAGUAGCACUCAGCGACACCACAGCUCUAAUCCACAGCCAUCAGACUCAGCAGGUCAGGCUAUGAUAGAGAUGCAGGAGAAAUCACACACGCCGCUACCACCGAUCGCUCCAUCACCACUCGGGGUUUCAUCUUCCGCUCGCCGCUCCUCCACGCAAAGAAACUCUUUUGAUCUGUCUGCCUCAGAGGAGCCCCUUUCUCUCAGGCAGCAGGUGGUGCAACCAGCACCAAUGGAGCAGACUGUUACCACCCAACCGUCCUCCUCUCGGGUGGCCCCCCAGUGGCUGCAGCCUCUGAACAGAGGAGCUCCAGAGGGCUGCGAGGCCAACAGGGAGAGGCCCCGAUGGCUGGUGCCUCAGCACUCGGCAGAGCCCAAAUCACCAUCUGCCUCAUCCUCUUCAAUGCUCCCAGAGCUGCCGUGUAACCCGGGCCGGGUGUGCAGAGGGAUGGAGAGGACAGUGAAUGGGGGUCCGUGGAAGGCUGACUCUCUGGACCUGAGCUGCGAUUUGCUGGAAGAACUUGGGGAGCAAAAGCCAGACAGACCCAUCAGCGGGCGCAGGAGCUCAUUCAGGAGCAGUACAGUUACUGCCAGGCAGACAGAUGAGCAGCACCCCAGAGCUACAGCACUUUCAAACACAGAGGAGCCACUGUCAUUGGUGAACACUGGCAGGAGGCAGUGUUCAUCUCGGGCCCAGCUGCACAGUCACCAGGACGACACCCUCAUGGAGUCCUGGGAUUCCCUCAUCAAGUUCAACCAAUGCCAACGUGGACGCAUCUCCAACAUGGGCUUCGAAGGCGACAUCUUUGAUGAGUUCCUGCAGCGGCAGGGCCGUGGUCCGCCCUCAUUCCCAGUCAACCCCUCCACGGCACCCAGGAGCCCCCUUUCCUCCUUGACCGCUCAGGGUGCUCUGUGCGAAGGCCCAGAUGAUGAUCCAUCCAUGGAGCGUGAGGAUGAGUUUGAAAUCCCAGUGCUGCCGCAGGGCCAGAGGCUGGUCAUCAACAUCCUGUCCACCUGGGGCGAUCGCCACUAUGUGGGCCUCAAUGGCCUUGAAGUGUUCAGCUCCAGCGGAGAGCCUCUUCAGCCUGCUCACAUCAGUGCUGAUCCUCCAGACAUCAACAUUCUCCCCGCUUAUGGCAAAGAUCCACGUGUUGUUACCAACUUGAUUGAUGGCGUUAAUCGCACACAGGAUGACAUGCAUCUUUGGCUAGCCCCAUUCACCCCUGGUCGUAGCCACACCAUCUUCAUGGACUUUGGAGCUCCUAACCAAGUGGCCAUGAUCCGUGUGUGGAACUACAACAAGUCACGCAUCCACUCUUUCCGAGGGGUGAAAGAGGUGGAAAUGCUCCUGGAUGGCAGGUGCAUCUUCAGGGGAGAGAUUGCCAAGGCUUCAGGGACCCUUUCUGGAGGGCUGGACCAGUUUGGGGACACUAUCCUGUUCACCACUGACGACGACAUCCUCGAGGCUAUGUCUCGUUACGAUGAAACCUUUGUUAGUGAAGGUGAGGGUCCUGAGAGCCUGGUGUAUGAGGAGGAGCUGCAGAGACCAUGCACCGCUGAUGGAGAGGGAGAGGAAAGACCCUUCACACAGGCCGGUUUCCGAGAGGAAGACCUUGCUUUGAAGCUCCACCUCAAUUCCACUUUGAGCCAGUCUGAGGAGAACAUGGAACAUAUUCCCGGGAUGUACACUGGAAAGUGCCUUAGACUGGAGCUGUUGUUGACUUGGGGUGACUCCCACUACAUGGGCCUGACUGGAUUAGAGGUGGUGGGAAAAGAUGGAGAGAGUUUACCUUUAGACCUCAGCAUGAUGGUUGCCUCACCCAGAGACCUCAACGACCUGCCUGAGUACGGACACGACUUGCGCACACUUGAUAAGCUUAUUGAUGGUCACAAUAUUACCACUGAUGAUCAGCACAUGUGGCUGAUUCCUUUCUCCUAUGGAGAGACCCACUUUCUGAACAUCAUCUUCAACAAGACCCAGACCAUUGCUGGCCUCCGUAUCUGGAACUACAACAAGUCUCCAGAGGACUCUUACAGAGGGGUGAAGGUGAUCCAUGUGUUCAUGGACGAUGUCGCGAUCUCCCCAGCGGAGGGAUUCCUCAUCAGGAAAGGACCAGGCAACUGUCACUUUGACUUCGCACAGGAGGUUCUUUUCAUAGACUUCCUCCCAACAUCCAAAGACAACACAAAGAGUGCUGAAGACUACCAUGGAGGAAGCUCCAAGAAACAAGAGCAGGCCAGCAUGGACUAUGAAGCUCCCAUCAUGCCUUGUGGGUUCAUUUUUCAGCUGCAGCUGUUAACAACCUGGGGGGACCCCUACUACAUCGGUCUCAACGGCCUUGAGUUUUACGAUCAGAACCAUGAGAAGAUCAGCCUCAGUGACAACAACAUCGCCGCUUUCCCAGACAGUGUGAACAUCCUGGACAAUGUGAAUGGUGAUGUGAGGACUCCAGAUAAAUUAAUAGACGGAGUCAACAGCACCCACGAUGGACGACAUAUGUGGUUAGCCCCAGUUCUCCCUGGACUGGUGAAUCGCGUGUACGUCAUCUUUGAUCAGCCAGUGACGGUGUCCAUGAUCAAGUUGUGGAACUACUCUAAGACACCACAGAGAGGAGUGAAGGAGUUUGGGCUGCUGGUGGAUGACCUCCUGGUGUAUAACGGCAUCUUGGACAGUGUAAACCACGCGGCACGAGGCAUUCUGCCUACCUGUGAUCCAGUGGUGCCCUACCACACCAUCCUGUUCACGGACAAUGCCUACAUUGCACAUCGUGAGAGGAACACAGUCAUCAGUAAUUAUGUGGAAGAUCAGGAUGUGAAGAUGACCAAUGAGAAUCAGAUUGUCCAUCACAACAAGAAGAAGCAGACAGCAGACCCAGCCCUUCGACCUAAGACCUGCAUGACUGAUAGUGGGAAACAUGGAAAGAGGAGGUACUGACUGACAAAUGAACACACGGAUGUGGAUUCAGCGUUCAGUGUAAAGUGAGCAAAACUUAAGGGGGGGGGCUUAUAGCUGACUUUUGAAGCCCAAUUUCUGGUGGGUUCUUUUUGAAAGCCUCCCUUACAUUAAGACCCAAAUCAGCCACUGAGCCAUGGUUUGUAAUGGCAAAUUGACAGUGGCUCAUAUGGCCUACACUGAAGAGGACAGAGGCUGCACAAAUAAUAAUGGGUUUGUACGCACACACACACAGACAGACACACACACUCACACAGGACUCCACUUUAUGGUUGGAUUACUUUUUCUCUUGCUGUGACAACUCACCCACACAGACAUAUAAUCUUGAACACGUACUGUGUCGUUGCCCUGGUUGUCCCGCUCCCACAGUGCCAGGAUAAACCUGUGAGGCUGCAUUUUAUCAGCCCUAUUAUUGUGCCUAGUACUAAACACUAUAUCUGUGGCUGCUACUUGUGACUUUUGUGCUGCAUAUUUAAAUGCUGCUGCUUGUGGCGUGUAAAUACUCAAAAGAAAAAAGAAAGAAAGCUCUAAGGCCACACACUCUCAUGUCAGCAUGAGGCUGAUACUACAUUUCUUAAUGAAUUUUAUCCACUGAUGAGCCUGAACCAUCAGCUCUUUGCCUAAUGGAUAUGAAAACCGACUAACACUCCCGCCAGUGCACCAACCAAUUGUAAUGCUAUGCAGACACUAAUUUAUAUCUAUUAAUAAUUUAUAUCUGUGGGCUAAUAUAUUUCAAAGCUUAAUGGUUUUACCUGGAAGUGCUUCCAGAGAGGUUUUCACCUUUAGAAGAUUUAUAUAGAUGGUGAAAGUGGUUGUUGAAAAAGUACAGUGGUCAGAUUUUUGUACAUUUCACGUAAAAUAAAAUGAAAACUGAAAGUUAACAAACUCUACACUUGAAUUUUCGACAUAUAUCUGGCUCUACAAAAUUAGGUCAGUUUUUUUUCUGCUUAGCAUCAGGUAGAAAAAACUUGUUUGCAAUCCAAGUGACCUUUAUUGAAGUUGCUAUAAGGUAGAAUUUUUUGGAGGCAAACAUUUCCUGAGCCAGUAAAACUGUUUAGUAAUUUGGUUGGAAAUAGAAAAAAAAAAUCAACAUUUUCCAGUUUAUAUUGAGUAGAUACAGUAACAGGCAACUUUCUAUAUGCAAAUACUAUCAACUUACCUCAAAUGGAAAAGAAUAAUCUUUAAAAAGGGAUAAAUAUGGUUCUACCAUCACUAUAAUACUUGGUAGUUGGUGUUGUACUAUUCAUUCAUUCAAUAUUUACUAUACUAACUUGUUGCAUGGAAAGUUUCUUCAGCACUAGCUGUUGUUAUCAUCUUAAAAUGUUAGAUACUUCUGUCUGGAGGAGUUUUUACUGCUUCAUUGAGCCCUGAUAUAAACUCUUUCAUACUCCUUACACCUGAUGGGAGUUAGUUGUAUAUGAAAUGCAGUUUUAUGUAUUUAAUUUCUGUAUGUCCAACAGCAACAGGAGCCAUUACUCUGCAUAUCAGUGGGGUGGUGGCUGUUAUUGUGUGUGUGACAUUUAGUGUUUUGAAAUAUUUAAUUAUUUUUCUAAUCUUGAUUAAAUAUGUAUAUUUGAUGUAGGUUUAUUUGAAUGAAUAAAAUUUAAAAUAUACAUAUCUUCCAUCAAUUUUCUGAAAAAAAAAAGAA